GCGAAGCGGGCGUUGCCAGGGAACCCCGCGUUGUGCCAUCGAAUUCCGAGUGUUUGGAUUCGGACUAGUCCCGUGAAGGCCGACGUUGGAGGACAUUUGGCGGGGAUGUCCGACGGCGCUGGACGCUUUUCUCGGAGCUGACCGCGUCGCUCUCUAAACCCGCAGCGAUGUCGUCCUGGCUUGGGGGCCUCGGCGCCGGCUUGGGCCAGUCUCUGGGUCGAGUGGGGGGUAGCCUGGCUUCCCUCACUGGCCAGAUUUCAAAUUUGACAAAAAAUAUGCUGAUGAAGGGCGCGGAGGAAGUGGAAGAAUUACCUAAUUCUAGGAGAACGGAAAUUGAGGCCAUUCAUGCAGUCUCAAAAUCAGAGAAUGAAAGACUGAAAAAACUUUGUACUGAUCUGGAAGACAAACAUGAAGCCUCAGAGCUUCAAAUAAAGCAGCAAUCUACAAAUUACCGAAAUCAACUACAACAGAAAGAGGUAGAAAUCAGCUACCAUAAAGCAAGACAGGUUACGCUACAGGAUCAGUUGCUGACACUGCAGUCAGCCACUCAGUCAGUACAUUCAGGAGCUGGUGGUUUACCAGCAACCACUGCAUCUUCAUUAAGUUGUGGAAUCAGUCAUCAUGCCUCAGCUUUCCGUGAUGAUCACAUGGACUUUGGAGAUGUUAUUUCAUUACAACAAGAAAUAAACAGAUUGUCAAAUGAAGUUUCAAGACUCGAGUCUGAAGUUAGCCAUUGGAGGCAUAUUGCUCAGACUUCUAAAGCACAAGGAACACAUAGCUCUGAUCAAAGAGAAAUCUUCAAACUGCAAAAUAUCAUUAAGGAACUUAAACAGAACCGAAGUCAGGAAAUUGAUGAACAUCAACAUGAAAUGUCAGUAUUGCAGAAUGUACAUCAACAGAAAUUGACACAAAUGCAUCAUCAGUAUCGAGAGGAAUUAAGCUAUUAUGCAGAACGAAUUGAAGAACUCAAAAACCUGUUACAAGAAGGUGGCUCAGGAGUUACAGGAACUGAUCACUCUAAAAUCUAUGAGGUACAAAAAACUAUUCAAGUUCUACAAACUGAAAAAAUGGAAUCUACAAAAAAAAUUGAAGAACUUGAGGAUAAAAUAAAAGACAUAAAUGAAAAAUUAUCCUCUGCAGAAAAUGACAGAGAUGUUUUAAGGAGAGAACAAGAACAACUAAACGUGGAAAAGCGACAAAUAAUUGAAGAAUGUGAAAGCUUGAAACUGGAUUGCAGUACAUUGCAAUCUUAUGCUAUGAAGCAAAGUGAUUGUGUGAAAGAAAAGGAAAGAAUUCUUCCACAGAGUACAUCAGUGGAAGAAGUGGUCACACUACAAGAAGCACUGCCUGAUGCUGAAAAUGAAAUGAGACUGAAUAGUUUAAGCCAGGAUAACAAUCUCACUGAAGACAAUGGGAACCUUAAAAUGCACGUCCAAGUUUUAGAAAAAGAGAAUUCAUUAUUGAGCCAAGAAAAGGAAGAACUUCAGAUAUCACUUUUAAAACUGAGUAAUGAUUAUAAAGUAAUGAAAAGUACAGCUGCAAGAGAUAUGAAUUUGGAUUCAGAAUUACAAGACUUAAGACUUAGUUUGGAGGCAAUGGAAUGAGAACUCAAUCAGAGUAUUAAUGAAAAGGAAAUACUGCUAUCCAAGUUAGGAGAAUUGGACAAACAGAACCAAGAAGCUACAAAGCACAUUAUUUUGAUAAAAGAUCAGCCAUCAAAACAAUGAAAUGAAGGAGAUAGCAUUAUCAGUAAACUGAAACAAGAUCUAGAUGAUGAAAAAAAGAUAGUAGUUCAUCAACUUGAGGAUGAUCAAGUGAACCUUACUAAAGAGUUAGACAAGCGGGAAAAAAAGUUAAUUCAAAGUGAACUGGUCCUGAAUGAUUUGCAUUUAAUCAAGGAGGAGCUUGAGGAUAAAGUCGAAUAUUUAGUAGAUCAGCUAAGUAAAUCACAGAAAAAUAAUUCAAACAUCCAGAAGGAGAACCUUGAACUUAAGGAACAUAUUAGACAAAAUGAGGAAGAGCUUUCUAGAGUCAGGAAUGAGUUAACUCAGUCUCUUAAUCAAGACUCUAAUAGUACUUUUAAGGAUAACUUACUUAAAGAAAGGGAAGCGGAAGUUAGAAUCUUAAAGCAAAAUCUUUCAGAAAUAGAACAGCUUAAUGAAAAUUUACAGAAAAUUGCUUUUGAUCUGAAAAUGGAAAAUGAAAAGUUGGUUUUCACUUGUGAAGAUGUAAGGCAUCAGUUGGAAGAAUCUGUAGCUGGGAACAGUCAGAUUUCUCUGGAAAAAAACACUAUUGUGGAGACUCUAAAAAAGGAAAAAGGACAGAUAGAAGCAGAAUUGUGUCAGGCUAAAGAGAGGCUGUUGGAAGAAGCAAGCAAGUAUGAGAAAACUUUGAAGGAAAUAGUAAAUGCACAUAACUCGAGCACCUCUGCCUUACAGCUGGAACAUCAGCGUCUGAUUCAACUCAGUCAAGAGAAAGACUUUGAAAUAGUAGAACUCAAAAAGAAUAUUGAGCAAAUGGAUACCGAUCAUAAAAAAACUAAGGAAAUUUUGUCAUCUAGUGAAGAAGAGCAGAAGCAAUUGACAGAAGUUAUAAAGGAAAAAGAACUUUUUAUGGAAAAACUUAAAGAAAAGUGUUCAGAGCUGCAGGAGGAAUUAGAUAAAUAUUCUCAGGCCUUAAUGACAAAUGAAAUUUUAAGGCAGACCAUAGAGGAAAAGGACAGAAGUCUUGGAGCCAUGAAAGAAGAAAACAAUCAUCUGCAAGAAGAACUGAAAUGACUCAGGGAACAGCACAGUCAAACUGCACCUGUGGCUGAGCCCAAACCACUUGAUAGUAUUACAGAACUAGAAUCGGAGGUAUCUUAACUGAAUAUAAUCAAGGAUCAUCUUGAAGAGGAAAUUAAACAUCAACAGAAGAUAAUUGAAGAUCAAAACCAGAGUAAAAUGCAACUACUUCAAUCUUUACAGGAGCAGAAGGAGGAAAUGGAUGAGUUUAGAUACCAGCAUGAGCAAAUGAAUGUCACACACACCCAGCUCUUUUUAGAGAAAGAUGAGGAAAUUAAGAAUUUGCAAAAAGCAGUUGAUCAAAUCAAAACCCAGUUGCAUGAAGAAAGACAGGACAUUCAAACAGAGAAUCCUGAUAUUUUACAAGAAGCAAAAGUUCAGAGCCUUAAUAUAGAAAAUGGAAUUGAAAAGCAUGAUUUAUCUAAAGCUGAAACUGAAAGAUUAGUGAAAGGAAUAAAAGAACGAGAACUAGAGAUAAAACUUCUAAAUGAAAAGAAUAUAUCUCUAACUAAACAGAUCGAUCAGUUGUCCAAAGAUGAGAUUGGUAAACUAACUCAGAUUAUCCAACAGAAAGAUUUGGAGAUAGAAGAUCUUCAUGCUAGAAUUUCUUCAGCUUUCUACACCCACGAUGUUAUGUACCUUCAACAGCAAUUGCAGGUCUAUGCUAUGGAAAGAGAACAAAUAUUAGCUGUUUUGCGUGAGAAGACUUGGGAAAAUAGCCAUCUAAAAGCAGAUUAUCAUAAAAUGAUGGAUAUGGUUGCAGCCAAAGAAGCAGCCCUCAUUAAGCUGCAAGAGAACAACCAAAAAUUGUGCACUCAAUUGGAAAGUAGCAGCCAAGAUAUGUUUAGAGAAACUGUUCAGAAUUUAUCAUGUAUCAUUUGAGAAAAAGACAUUGUAUUAAGUCAGAAAUGUGCGACUUUAUUAGAAGUUUUACAAACAUCCAGCACUAGUAAUGAGGCUGGAGUUGUUAAUAGUAAUCAGUUCGAGGAGCUUUUACAGGAACGGGAUAAAUUAAAACAGCAAGUAAAGAAAAUGGAAGAGUGGAAACAGCAGGUGAUGACCACAGUACAAAAUAUGCAAAAUGAGUCAGCUCAAUUUCGGGAACAACUUGGUCAGCUUCAGGCAGAAGUUUUGGUUGACAGUGAUAGUAGUUCUAUAUUACAAGUGGACUGUACUGGUCUGAUCCAAAGUUACGAGCAGAAUGAAACCAAACUCAAAAGUUUGGGGCAGGAAUUAGCAAAAGUUCCGCAUAGCAUGGGGCAGCUUUGCAAUACUGAAGAUCUUCUUUUAGGAAAACUUGAUAUUAUUUCAUUCCAGCUCUCUUCCGGAUCACCACUUACUUCCCAGUUAGCACAGUCUCUUAGAGCGAGUAAAUCUGAUAUAUCAAGUGAAUCAUCUCAGUUGCUUCAGCGAGAGGUAGAAGAGCUCAGGAAAUCACUGAAGCAAAAAGACGCAACAAUUAGAACUCUCCAGGAAAAUAAUCACAGAUUGUCUGCUUCGAUUGCUGCCACCUCAGAGCUAGAAGAAAAAGAACAUGAACAAACUGAUUCAGAAAUUAAGCAGCUAAAGGAGGAACAAGAUGUUUUACAGAAGUUACUUAAAGAAAAAGACCUCUUAAUCAAAGCCAAAAGUGAUCAGUUACUGUCUUCGAAUGAAAAUUUCACUAACAAAGUGAAUGAAAAUGAACUUUUGAGGCAGGCGGUAACCAACCUGAAGGAGAGAAUAUUAAUUUUAGAAAUGUACAUUUGUAAACUAAAAGGGGAAAAUAAAAAAAUAGUAGAAACAUCCAGGGGAAAGGAAGCAGAACAUCAAGCAUUACAGGAGACUCAUAUGAAGAUUUCUAUGAUGCUGCAAGACAAAGAGUUUGAGUGCCAUUCCAUGAGGGAGAAGGCUCUUGCUCUUGAGCAACUAUUGUAAGAAAACGAACAGGGCAAGACUGGGGAGUUAAAUCAGCUUUUAAAUGCAGUUAAGUCAAUGCAGGAGAAGACAGUUACACUUCAACAGGAGAGAGACCAAGUCACGUUGUCCCUGAAACAGAAACAAAUGGAAAACAAUACCCUGCAGAAUGAGGUUCAACAUUUACGUAACAAAGAAUUAGAGUUAAACCAGGAGCUAGAUUGAUUGCAUAAUCAUCUUUUAGAAUCAGAAGAUUCUUAUACCCAUGAGGCUUUGGUUGCUGAAGAUAGAGAGGCUAAACUAAAAAAGAAAGUCACAGAAUUGGAGGAAAAGCUAGUUUCAUCCACUAAUGCAAUGGAAAAUGCAAGCCAGCAAGCCAGUGUGCAGGUAGAGUCCUUACAGGAGCAUUUGAAUGUAGUCUCCAAGCAAAGGGAUGAAACUGCACUGCAGCUUUCGGUCUCCCAGGAACAAGUAAAGCAGUAUACUCUAUCACUAGCCAACCUACAGAUGGUACUAGAGCAGUUCCAAGAAGAGGAGAAAGCUAUGUAUUCUACUGAACUAGAAAAGCAAAAACAGCUUAUGGCUGAGUGGAAGGAAAAGGCAGAAAAUCUGGAAGGAAAAGUGGUGUCAUUACAGGAACAUUUGGAUGAAACAAAUGCUGUGUUGGAUUCAGAGUCAAGACUUACAGAACAGUUAGACCUAAAGGAAGAACAAAUUGAAGAACUUAAAAAACAGAAUGAGCUCCGACAAGCAAUGCUGGAUGAUGUACAAAAGAAAUUGGCGAACUUAGUAAACAGUGCAGAAGGAAAAGUGGACGGAGUCCUAAUGAGAAACCUUUUUGUUGGACAUUUCCAUGCACCAAAAAAUCAGCGUCAUGACGUGUUAAGAUUGAUGGGAAGCUUCCUGGGUAUUGAAAGGGAGGAAAUGGAGCAGUUGUUUCAUGAAGAUCAGGGUGGUGUGACCAGGUGGAUGACUGGGUGGCUUGGAGGAGGAUCAAAAAGUGUCCCCAACACAACUUUGAGACCAAAUCAGCAAUCUGUGCUUAAUAGUUCUUUUUCAGAACUUUUUGUUAAAUUUCUGGAAACAGAGUGUCAUCCAUCUGUUCCACCACCAAAACGUUCUGGUCAUGAUAUAAAACCUCUAGAUUCACCAGGAAGGAGAAAACUAGAUAGAAAUGUACCAGAAAGUUUUAGAGAUACAACAGAAUCCAGGUCUGGUAGAAGAACAGACAUGAAGCCAUUCUUGGCUCCCCGCUCUGCAGCUGUGCCUCUUAUUAACCCAGCUGGACUUGGACCUGGUGGGCCCGGGCAUCUUCUUUUGAAACCCAUCUCAGAUGUUUUGCCCACAUUUACACUUUUGCCAGUGUCACCUGACAACAGCGCUGGAGUUGUGUUGAAAGCCUCUUAAAACAAUAGAUGGUUCUCAAACCAGAAAUGAUAUAGCACUUUUAAAAAAACCACGAACACUAUGUAUAUAUACUUUAUCACAAAGUGGCCUUUUGGAAAAAGUCAUGUAUUUGUUUAUAGUUGUUUUUUCUCUAAAUUUAAUAAAAAUAUUCUCAAUGCUUUU